CUUUUGUGGUUGGGCUUUCGGGAAUGAGUUUGGAGCCUCUUUGUUGGGAGCGUCUUUGUUGGGAGUGUGCCGUUGCGCCAUCGAUCACCGACGCGGCGCCUCCCACGUUCAAAUUCACAAUCCAUUUCCAGCUUUCAUUUUCCAGGCGGCCCAAGAAUCCCAACAUGGCCUGCACAUGCUUGCACACAAACCCUCUUAACCUGCACGCCACACUUAUAGAACGCCCCCCCAACCAAGGGUGCGCCACACUUCGCUCUAUCCAGACCCCCCGUCUCCAAUAGACUCGCCGCUCUCACAAUGGCCUACCUUCCACUCCGUCGUCCACUGCUCUUAUCUCCACGCCGCGGCUUCCAAGUUCAAUGGCUUCCUCACUACACGCAGCACGCGGCCGCACGCGUCUUUUCACAUGCGUCAUUCUAGGCGUGCUCUUCGUUUCGAAGGGGCUUGGGGUUGGCGUGGGUGCAACUGCGACAGUCGGGCUGCGGCUGGGGCUGGAGGAGAGGGAGAGAGACGUGUUGGUGCAGCAGCAGCAGCAGGGUUCAACCGACAGGCACAAAAUUAUUGAAAACGACGCACCACCACCGCCACCAAUACAACCACCGCCCAUCGUACCACUACAAAGCAACUUCGAAGGCCUCGUCAACCCCUUCAUCCCCAGCCCGCCACCUCCAGCACCAGCGCAGGACGACAGCACCACCUCCCCUCAACUCCAACACCAAGCCCAUUGCCUACCCCCACCCUGGGAGCGCAACCUAACAGAACACCCCGUCCUCGUCGUAGGCGGCGCAGGCAGCGGGUGGCCCCCAUCCCCAGCAGAAUGGGAACCGAAACAACCUUGCAUCAUUCCUUGUCUGCAUACCAGCGAUCAAACGUACAUUGAUCGGGCGGAUGUCAGAUUGUAUGAGAUUUUACUAUCGAAUUAUCCGACAUCGAAGGAGGGGUUGCCAAAGAGGAGUUGCGAACAUCAGAAGUUUGCGCUGCUUUCGAUGGAGAGUGCUGAUAAUUAUCCGUUUCUGAAUGACGCCAAAUCUGUCGGCUACGACAUAACCAUGGACUACCGUCUCACAUCCGACGUCCCCAUCCCCUACUACGGCAUCUGCGACGUCCUCCGCCCCGUCGACACCACCAUCCCCAAACACACCGACGUGCUCGCCUCCGCCUUCAUAUCCAACUGCGGGGCGCGGAAUAACCGCAAGGAGGUCGUGGAGGAGCUGAUGAAGUAUAUCAAAGUGGAUAGCUUUGGGGCGUGUUUGCAUAAUCAGGAUAUACCGGAUUAUGCGAUCGACCUCAACCCCUGGGACCAGAAGACGGCCGUGCUGAAGCGGUAUAAGUUUAAUCUGGCGUUUGAGAACUCGAAUUCGGAGGAUUAUGUAACCGAAAAAUUCUACCAACCCCUCGAAUCCGGCACUGUCCCUGUGUUCCUCGGCACCUCCUCCAUCCCCCGCUUCGCCCCGCACCCCAGCUCCUACAUCGACGCCUCGUCCUUUCCCUCCAUCCGCGCCCUCGCGGACCACCUCCUCUACCUCGCUUCCAACGACACGGCCUACAACGCAUAUUUCGCGUACAAGGACCCGGCGCAUGAGCAGGCGGAGGAGUUUAUGAGGGUUGCCGCUUUUCAGCAGGUGCAUAGUAGUUGUAGGCUUUGUAUGAAGGCGGCGGGGAUGGAUGUAGGGGAUUAUAUCGCGAUGAAGAAGGUUGUGCUGAGGGGGUAGGGACUUCAGGAAUUUUUGGGAGCAUUUUCGGAACUCAACAUAGCGCAAGUGCUUUUUUGGACUUCUAGUUUGCAUUUGAGUACAAAGCAGGAUUUUUGGGUAUCCUCACGAGCCUACCUGGAC